CAGUGGGCGGCCGGGCGGGCCUGCCAGCUGCCGCUCCGCCUCCCAGCCUCCGGUCCCCUCGCUGCGUCCGGAGCGCCGCGGCCCACGGCCGGGCCCAGCAGCCAUGGCCCAUUACAAGGCUGAGCAGGACGACUGGCUGAUCGUCUACCUGAAGUAUCUACUCUUUGUCUUUAACUUCUUCUUCUGGGUGGGCGGGGCCGCCGUCAUGGCGGUAGGCGUCUGGACCCUGGUGGAGAAGAGUGGCUACCUCAGCGUCCUGGCCUCCAGCACCUUCGCCACUUCCGCCUACAUCCUCAUCUUCGCGGGCGCUCUCGUCAUGGUGACUGGCUUCCUGGGCUUCGGCGCCAUCGUCCGGGAGGACAGGGGCUGCCUCUCCACGUAUUUCUGCCUGUUGCUGGUGAUCUUCCUCGUUGAGCUGGUGGCGGGGGUCCUGGCCCACAUGUACUACCAGAGGCUGAGCGAUGAACUGAAGCAGCACUUGACCCAGACUUUGUCUGAGAACUACGGGCAGCCCGGAGCUGCGGGGAUCACAACUUCGGUGGACCGUCUACAGCAGGAUUUCAAGUGCUGCGGAAGCAACAGCUCGGCCGACUGGCAGCACAGCGCGUACAUCCUGUCGCGGGAGGCCGAGGGCCGCCGCGUGCCCGACAGCUGCUGCAAGACCGUGGUGGAGCGCUGUGGGCAGCGGGCCCACCCCUCCAACAUCUACAAGGUGGAGGGAGGCUGUCUCACCAAGCUGGAGCACUUCCUGGCUGACCACCUGCUGCUCAUGGGGGCGGUGGGCAUUGGGGUGGCCUGCCUGCAGAUCUGCGGGAUGGCUCUCACCUGCUGCUUGCACCGGAGGCUCCAGCUGCAUUUUUACUAAUGGCCAGCCGUGUUCCCUCUGACUGCCGCCCACAAGGACAGGUGCCCAGAUCCUACCUGCCAGGCCUGCGGCGUCAGCAUCAGCUCACGUAGAAACUCCCCCUACUCUGUGCCCAGCCCCUCAGACCCACCAAGUGCCCAAGACCAUGGCCCCUGUGGUUCCCAGCCACGCCAGGGACCCUGGGCCAUCUCCCUCCACCCCUGGGCGCUCACUGCCGGAG